AUGAUAGAUGAGCCGCAGAAAACCCACCUGAACAGGGCUCGGGAGCUUACGAAACGUGCCUUGGACGAGUGUAACAAAACCUUGGGCCACUUCGAUAAGACUGAGACCGCGAAGUUUGUUCCCCAAGAGCUCAAGAGGGACAUCCUGUAUACGAACCCAGCACGUGUCAGUCUAGAGGAGGAGUUCAAUUGUUUUGCAAGUUGGGCAAAAGACACAGGACUGCACCAGUACGAAGCGAAUUCGCCGAAGCACGACUUUUGCCAUUUUCCCUCGUUCACAAAAUCAUCGAUUACCGGCUGGCUCGAAGCCAUGGAACACACGCUACACAUCAUGAACUCGAUCCUUAAAUCUAAGGAAAACUCCUGGAUAGAAGGUCCUCACAGACCCCGGCGGCCUGACCCAAAUUUAAUAGGGUUGCUGGGCCUGCACAUUAAUGAGUUCAGAUACAUCGUCGUUAAUUUGGAAACAUCAGUCGACGCAGAAGACAAAUCUGACCCCAGGAGAUACAAUGCAAGCCCCAGUGUCAAGACACUCUUCCGAAGCUGUUUGGCCGGAUAUGUGACAGUCACUAAUGUUUUCAACGGAGCGAACGAGCGCCUGCAAGAAAAGCUGUUACCCGGCUGUAUCGAAGGCGUGCGUGACGACUUCAUCAAAUGGGCUCGUGAGGUCGGAGUUCUCCUUGAGGGUGAGAGCCCUCUGGAAACCAAACUUCUGGCUACCGAAAAGACUUGGAGUCGAAUUCACUUCACUGAUCAUUUUAUCACCAUCGAAUCGACCUUGGACGCCAUGUCUGAGUUGCUGUUAGAGAAGCCCAUCUCGCCGGAUGAUCUUCGGGCAGCGGGCUUGAACAAGGAGUCGAUGUUGAACGCUAGCCGCACAGAACGUGCAGAAAAGCUGAAAGAGCGAAUCGCAGUACUCGGCGAAUGCAACAAGUCUCUUGCGAGAGAUACGAAGAAUCUCAGUGAGGGUUCUAUCGGAGCACAGAUCGCUGGGGCAAGAGUGAAAGACAAUAUUGCAGCGGAUACUUGA